AGGCGCCCAGAAGGGCGGCACGCCCCUGGGUUCGGCGCAAGACAAUCUCUCCCGGUCAAUACUCCAGUAGAGUGAAUCUCGAUACACUGACUCCGACGGAUAGUGUAGGACCGACAGAGCCGUUGGUGUUGGUUGUUGAGUGUACACGCGUCCCGUUUUAAUUGACUCCUUGUGGCACAUGUGACUUCGAUCAUUUUUCUGAAGGAUUUUUGGACAGAAACAACGGUCGAGGAUAUCGACCAUCGAUGGCUUUGUGACUGUGCUCCGUAUAGUCUGUGACUGAACAUGUGGAUGGUUAGAGUAUUUGGUGCUAUGAGCAGUGGCAUGGGAAACCUGUGAAGCGAGCAUGUGGAAAAAGUCUUCCCAGGUUUCGUUUUGGCUAUUUUUCUUUAUUAUUGGUUCAGCACAAUGCGUCAGCGUACACUUCGAGAACAAGGACGGGGGAUUUUUCCUGCGUCAAAUUGCGCGACAACACAUCGCGACAGAGGCGCCAUUUUUGAGCACCAACUCUGCGGCGCCCCUGUCCACAGACCGGUUCACGGUAUUCCAGAGUUCUCAGCCCAUCUCCAUAAGGGCCACGUAUGGACCCUUCAGCACCAAGCAGACCGUUCCUGCGAGAUACGUGGUUCCAGAUCCGCUGCCCGUCAAUACUGUUGGUCCCACGAUAGACCUCCAAGACCUCACCACCCACCAUCUGGACGUUUCGGCCCACAUAGUACGCACGGAAAUACCACGUGAUUCGCCGGUACUCCGGGUUCUCUUUCACACUGGAACGGAUCCGGGAAGCAGACGCCAAGUGCUGGUCGACAGACACCAUCAGAAGGUGUGCAUCGUGCUGCACGCCACCAUGAAUCAGAAGCCUUCGCUACACGCCGCCUGCAGCCCCGACGGAGAAGACGGCGUCUGUUUGGCGCAGAUAACGGUUCCGUUCUCCUAUUGGCCCAAUCUGCCAUCGCCGGACAAGAACGGCAGACCAGGUAAAGCGACGAAAACUCCACCUAGGGUGCUACAGGUAUCAUAUUCUGUGCUCGAGACUAGACCAGAUGAACAAGGGUCUUGCCAUCCUGAAGUGCAAAUCCAACCGAGUACUCCGAUAGGAAUGGUGCAUCUGGUAGUGGCUAAAGGUGCUUAUAAGGAGUUGAAGCUCACAGAUGACAUAAUCAUGUUGGUGCCACAUCCACCUUUGUUUCCGAUGAGUAGGAUACAUGUGCCUGUAUUUGUGGACAGGCAGAAGUCCAAAUUGAUGACGGCAAUAGUUAUCAGGGGUCGCGUGAAGAGUGGCCUGAAAAUACUGGAAGCGACAGCUGCAUCGGACGCCUCCGCGUGGAACCUCACCGUGGACAUAAACCCGAGGCACACGGGCGCAACGGUGACCCUUGUCAGGAGAGAACCCCCGGAUGCGGAAGGAGUUACUGGCACCCCCGCAGGAGAGGUUUUGGAACUCUUCACGUGGCUUGUGGAGGUUAGCGAGGAUGCUACUGAACUCUACGAGGGAACUAGAAUCGUCUGGACAGCCAGAUACGAGCCCCAUCAAGACGAACAAGAUGGCGUCGAAAGUCAUAGAACGGAAGGCAAGAAAUCGACGACGCGGUUCGAGGUGCAGAAAGAUGACAUACAGGCUGUUGUCCCCAUCAGUAAGAACUGGGAGGUGUUGAACACGGCCGUUCUGACGGGCAGACAGGUGUCGCAAGCCAUGAAAAUAUUCAUAGUUUCCCAGGCAGGAAAAGCCGCCGACGUUACGUUCCAAGCGUCGUGCCAUUCGGAGGACGACAGUGUGCUGAAGGUUUCCUCGUCAUGCAGCUCUGUGUACGUGGACGGCAGUGAGGCCCGUGGUUCUGUCAACGGAUCGGUGCUAGUAAAAUACGGAACUUACACGGGACUGGCUAGGUUCACCGUCUGGAUGCCGGAAUUUCCGUUAGAGCUACAAGUAGCCGAUUUCAAGCUGUCUCAGAUCAAAUCUUGGCGUGUACCAGACAGCCAUCCCAGCAACGUGAAAACGAGGCGGAAGAAGAGAUCUUACGGGACCUCUUGGUCGAGCACGAGUAGCAUCGGGGAAGAUUUGGGAAACGUUGUGGAAAAGCCGUUUUGCAGGCUGAGGUAUCAGCAGACGCCGGUGGAUGUUUACGCCCAUUUCAUGGCUGUCGAUCAGGAGUCUGGCAGGGUGAACUUUCUGAUCAACAGGAGGACCUGGCUGAGAGUAACGGACCUUGUGCUGCCGUUGCUGCGUGUGAGUGAUUUGAGGAUAGCCAGUUUACAUGGAAGAAUACUCCAAGGACGAAGCAUGGGACGAACGGAAGUGCAAGUUCUUUCCCCGAUAACAGGCAGAGUGAUAGGCGCCAAAGAAAUCCGAGUAGUGAAUGAUAAAAUCUUCAUUACCAAACUAUCAGUCGAAGUUGUUUCUGGGCUUCAAUUGAACAUCUCCCCGGACAGUUCCAUCGAAAACGGAUACGUAGCGGAGACCAGCGUCACCAGGAAAUUAACUGCGCAAUAUCAGGAGGGACUUCUGGAUAUCGAGCUAGAGUUUUCCGAUGGAUCAAAAACCCCGCUUAGGGAUAUUGCAGACAGUGAUUAUCAUCUUCUGGUAGACAGUACAGAUCCUGAAGUAGUUGCUUUCGCUCCCAUGGUAGCAUCUCAUCAUCCACGGGUGAUUGCAGUAGGUGAAGGUAGUGGGGAUCUGCUCCAUGUGACCCUGCUGUUGUCCGAAGAGUGUCGCAUGUCCUCCAGGUCUAAGGUGAAGAAUGCUGGGCCGUUAGCGCAGGCUUCAGCGAACGUUAUCGUGGAUUUCAGCUCUAGCGAUUUGCCCCAUAGGCCAGAUAUAUUACAGAACGAUGGUGGAGUAUUUGGCGGUACCAAAGGUGGGAUGUUCCAGGAUCUCCAGGACAUACUGAAAGGAAACUCUCUACAAGAAGACUUAAGCCAAAUACCGAACGUGCAAGCGCGUCAGUAUAGUUCGACUAAGAACAGUCACAAGAGGAGGCAUGAUGACAUGAAUCCUCUUGAAAUCAGUAUGUACGUUCUUCUGGCUGCUUUCUGUUGUGCCAUUGUUGUUUUCGUCAUUUCCUGCGUAGUAUACGCAUCGAAGUACAAGCAGCUCGACCAGAGUGUAACUCAAGGUAUCCGAGCAUCACCAGUGUCACCAAGUGGUUUACAAAAGGACUAUAAUCGAAAAAGAGAAACCGUCACCAACGCCCACGACUGGGUUUGGCUGGGACGGUCCACGGUCGAUAGUACAAACAGAAACUCUACAGUCCACAACGGAAACGCCGGCACAGAGAUGAGGAUAACCUCUAACCCCCUCAAUGCAAACUACUUCGACCCUGAUGAUGCUCUGGCCAACAGCUUCAGUAAUCCAACGCACAUAGAACUACCGAGCGCCAGCGCCAAAAGAACCGUUGAUAGCACCACAUACUGUAGGAGUAAAACGACAGCGGGAUCCUCCAAAGAUUGGAAUAAGCCAACAGCACCUCCGCCUCUACCACCACACGGUGUACCUGUGGAAGCCGCAGAACUAAGUCCUCCGCCGUCUUAUGAUAAGACUAUGAAUGCGAAUCUUGCGAAAUCUGAAGAAUACAGACCCCCAGUACCACCGCACAGAAAUUUGGCAACUCCCAGUUCCUCAACGGCUGAUACCUCGAACCAGCUGAGGAAACAUCAUCACCGUCACCAUCACCACAAUCGGAAUUCCAGUGAUGGUAAACUGCCUCCUCGGCUAGCAAACGAUAAUGCUUGUAACCAACCGAUUACGGAAUACAACAGACCUUCAGAUCCCAACAUCGUCAACAGAGAUUAUGGCUUGAGAGAUUUUACGCCUACGAACAGAACUAGCGAAGAUGACGUUCAAGAUUUUGUGUCGGCAGUUAACGGCAACGACUUGAACGCUUUCGAAUUCGACGACGAGCCAAGGGAAAGCGCCAGCGCAACUGAAGAGGUGAAGAUGCGGCCGAAACCUGCAGAUAAUGAAGAAGAGGUUCAGUUUGUUCAAUAUCCCGGAGACAUCAAUCCCAACAAAAACGCUAGGAACAGUGCGGAAAUAAAAAGGGCAACUAUCGUAGGUAAUCCAAUGUUUAGCAGCAACAAUCAGAACCAAACAAAUUCUAUAACGCCACAGGCCGACUUACCCGGUUUGGACGAUCUUCAGUUGGACAUGGAUUACGACCAAAUCAUGCACUACUUCGAAAAUCUAAAGGAGUCGAAUGCCUGAGUAGAAGCGAUCAUUGCAAGGAUCCGUGACAUACUAAUGUCAUUCAGCGAGCAGUACAGAGCAUGCGCCUUGAACGGGAAUCUCAACAGUCCCGACACAAUCGCAAACGCUAAUGAAAGUUUCGAGUAUUUCUUCGACUAUCUCAGCGAGUCUUAUGCCUAAUCAGCCAGCUGUAUGAGCAACGUAUGUAAAAAGAGCUUCUAGUGUUAUUUGUUUAUCUAUACCCAUAUCGAGACUAUCUGUUCGCGAUCUUAUGUUCAGCAGAUGUUUCACUGAAUGCCUGUAUCAAACAAGGAAUCUGAAGAUUUAAUCAGCUACUCCAUUAAUCUGUCCGUCGAAAAAUAUUAUGAUUAAUACAUAACCUUUCUUCAACUUCUUGUGAUGGACCUUUUCUAAACGGAAAAAAAAUUAUGUAUAUUUCGUUUUGUAUUCGUUUUUUUCGAAAACCCAAUUCUGAAGAGGUUGGAUCCCAUUUGGCCAAUUCCUGUUGUUUGAUGUAGACGGUCCUCAUCUCUUCAGAUUCGUUUUUACUUUCCAAUCUUUCCAUAUUAUAAACUAAAGAAUCAAAGCAAGGCAACAAUAAAUGCUCGUUUAGAAUGGCAAUUUGGUAUCAAGUCAUCAUAUGCGUAUCAUCACGCAUUCACCUAUUUUUUUAUGAAAUAGGUGUGAUCUGGGAGGACUAUGAAAGUAUUGAAAAUAUUAUUGCUUCAUCGCUGAACACCAGACCAGAAAGAAAUUUUUAUGGCCGAAAAUUGGAUAUGCCACCAAAGAAUGAACAGAUUUGCGAUUUUCAUUAGUAAUUUAUAGUCAUAAUCUGUUCAUAUCUUUGAUGAAAUUAUUUCGUUAGCAAGAAUGGGUAUUAACAACGAAGUGUCUAAUCAUGGAUAUUUGCAGUGAUCGUAAAAUAUAUCUAGUCAAUAAAAUAAAUUAUAAUAAGCUUUAUAUUUUAACAUAUAAUGUAAUAAAUGUAUUCUGAAAGAAUUCCUCCAAUAUAAAAUGUUUAAAUUUGCACAAAUAUGGUUCCUGGUAAUAAGAAAAAAAAACAAUUCUAUAUUUGAAGAUUUGUCACUUAAUCAUAUUGUUUAUGAUGAGAAAUAUGAUGGAGGAAUUAGAUAAUUGGGUAAGCAUCACCGAAUACAGAAAUUCAAUGUUACCAAUAACCUUUUCAAAUAUAUCCUACACCCAUCUUUUUUCUUCCAUUUUUUUUUAUCUUUAUAUCUCAAACAUCAAAUUACUUCAUCAUAUUUCGCGAGAUAUUUAUUUUAGUUAUGUAAAUUUAUGUAAACUUGUAUAUAAAUUAGGUGUAAAUCCCUGACUGAUACUUGAAAAGGGAUAAGUUGGUUUUAACCAACAAGUAUUAUGGCUGAUGCUUUCUGGGUCAGCAAUUUUUUUUUGUACUCAUAAGCACACAGAUGUGAGAACAUUUGUUAAUUCAGUAACAAUAGACUGCUUAGAUUAUUGUAUUUAAGAAAAUAUUAUUUUCUAGUCUUGAAGAAACUGUGUAAGAAAUAUUGAAUGUAGUAUUACUUGAAUGUUAGUAAGCUUUCCAACUGAAAAUUGCUUUCAUUUUGUAAAGCGAUGUACCUAUAUUCAUUCCAAAUGAUCCUCACCGUUCACUGAUGAUUUGAAGUUUAUUUCAUUAUGACCCAAACCACUUCUUAUGUUUGAAAUUAAGAAUGAAGCAUUUCAAGAAAGUCGAUGGAAUAAAUAUACUCCACGAUAUUUCGGAUUUUUUCGAUUAAUUCUUCACUUGUACAUUGAUUUCUUAUCAUUUAGAAGUUUUAUUUAUGUUAAUCUCUGCUAGAAUUCCAACAGAUUGAAUUUUUCAUUAUACAACUGAAUCAGUUGAAGAAUUUUAUUCAAUUUUGACAAUGAAAAGUAAAGCAUCAUAAAUCUCUAGAGGUUUUUACAGAAGAGCUGAAAGGACAUGCAGGAGAAUAUAAUUGCCGGCUGAAACUGACAAUUAUACAUAAUUGACUGUUCAAACUGACAAUUAUACAUAAAUAAUUGACAGUUCAAACUGACAAUUAUACAUAAAUAAUUGACAGUUCAAACUGACAAUUAUACAUAAAUAAUUGACAGUUCAAACUGACAAUUAUACAUAAAUAAUUGACAGUUCAAACUGACAAUUAUACAUAAAUAAUUGACAGUUCAAACUGAAAAUUAUACAUAAAUAAUUGACAGUUCAAACUGAAAAUUAUACAUAAUUGCUAGUUCAAGUUAGCAAUAAUACAUAAUUGCCACCACAAACUGGCAAUAACUUAUGAAUAAUUGUCAGUUAGAAUUAGCAAUGAUGUAUAAUGAUCAGUCCAAACUGGCAAUUAGGUAUAGAAUUGAUAGUUUCGACUCGCAAUUGGAUGAAACUGCCAGCAAAGAUUAUAAUCUUUGAGUGGCAGUUUGAACUGGCAAUUAUACCUAAUUGUAAAACUGGCAAUUCCCCAGUUUGAGUUUUUAGUUGCCAUCCAUCAUACAAAAGUUCCAUAUCAACAUGUCAUUUUUGUUCAAAGAAUAACAUUUCAGCUAUUGGUGGGCGGAAAAUGGAAUUACUGCAGAAUCAUGAAUUAUAAAAACCACUGUUAAUAUAUAUACAAAUAUAACUAUGUUGAGAAUAUCUUGCUUGUCUACAAAUUAAGUGUUAAAGUUGUAGAUAUAUAUAUUUGCUGCUUUUACUUCUACAUUCCAACAUUCAGUUUUACUGUAUCAAUUAUAUGAGAAUGAUAGGAUUACUUUCAAUACCUGCCUCGAUGAAGGCGGAUUGAAAAUAUAUUUCAUUUACAGAACCACUUUAGAAAGAACCGGAAUUUUAACUGAAUAUUUUGUAAAUGAACAUAUCAUGGUGGGAAAUCUCUAGUCCAUUAUGGAGAAAAUAUGUUUUAACUGGAAAUGAUGAACGCUAUGAUUUCUGCAUAUCAAGAAAACUAUGAAUUUGAUAUGGUUCUUUAAAAACUUUUCGCAAUACUUUUUGAUUCAGCUAGCUCUCCUCCAAUUAAUUUAAAAGUACUAGAAGUAUGGUAUUUAUUUCAUGAUAAAAUUAGAACUUUAAAAACGAGGAGAAAUUGAUAAGUUGAAACGAAGACAUUCGUUUAGAAAGUUCUGAGCUGUAACAGUACAAUAUGUAAGUUACCAUGAAAAUAAACUAUUUGUAAUUGUC